AUGGCUAAUUAUGACCAACAGCCCGUUAAAUUCGAAUAUCCAGAAAGUGCUGCCUCGUCACCGGGAUUCCUCGCCAUGUCCGCCGCGUCUCCGGUCGAGCAGUAUGGCAACAAAUCUGUGGGGAGCGCGUAUGGGAGUGGGCAGUCAGAUGGUGGCAAGAGCCCACUAUCCAUGAGUUUGGGAUUUCUGAAGAGUUUGACGGAAAAGAAAAACACUAGAGUGGAUGGGCAACCACCGAAACGAAGAGGGCCAAAGCCGGAUAGCAAACCUGCACUGACCAGGAGGCAAGAGCUGAAUAGGCAGGCACAACGAACGCACCGCGAGCGGAAAGAGCUAUAUAUCAAAGCCCUCGAGGAAGAAGUCCUACGGCUCAAGGAGAACUUCAGCUUAGUCUCCCGCGACAAAGAGACAUUGGCCGAAGAAAACAGACAGCUGAAGCAGCUCCUCGCCCAACACGGUAUCCCCUGGAACGGCACUGGUGGUGUUGACGAGCUGGCGCGGCAUAACAGUCCCGGCUAUACAUCGAGCAGUAGCAUCUCCGGCAGCUACGCGCCCUGCUCAUCGCAGGCCUGUAGUCCUCUACCACUCACGAACUAUAAUCCCAACAUGUCGCCUCCAAAUGGGAUGAACGGUCACCACACGACGCAACAGCCCGUCCAGCAGGUUGUGGACUAUGAUCAGGCAGGCAUAGACUUCGUCUUAACGCUCGAAAGACCGUGUAUGGACCACAUUCAAAUUCUCGUCGAGCGAGCGGAAGACCCUGAAGGCGGCCCGUGUGGACAUGCGUUGAUGGCGAGCUGUCCACCAGCGGUACAUCCGGAAGAUAACCCCGAGAUACCAUUUGGACACGGGCCGAAGCAGAUGAAUGGUACGGCGCAGAAGACAUGGGAUCUGUCGAAAUCUGAUCUGGCGAAUUUGCUGGACUUGAGUAAAAGGCUCAAUUUGGAUGGGGAAAUUACGCCUGUAAUGGCUUGGGGAAUGGUCUUGGGACAUCCGAGAGCUAGAGAAUUCACGAGUGACGACUUCAGGACAGUAUGCUUGGAGCUCGGGGGAAAAGUAAGGUGCUACGGGUUCGGAGCUGUUCUGGAAGAGUUCGAGGUUCGGGAUGCAUUGGAAAGCGUACUGUAUACAAAGCCUGAUACGAGCUUGGCAUAUUGA